UAGGUGAAGUUGCAAAUACAGUGAGGGCCCAGCGGAAGGCGGCAGCGCACCAGGGGCGAGAAGAAGCGGGACGUCUUUUGACUGCUUAACGCUACGGCAACUGCUGCUUUCGCUAUUGCUACUUCGGUGGUUGCUAUUAGGGUCGCAGAACGCCAAGUGACAGGUUCCGCACAAUUCGAGCUUCCACUUCUUCAAAGCGUUCAGCAAGAUUUUUCCGAGAAUAGACAUCUACGCCAUCGUUCAAGCUGUGUCAGCUGCAGCAAUUGACUAUUCAUUCUGCGGCUGGCUAAAUUGACUGCGGCAGAACAUCCGGAGCGUCUUUGAAUUUGAUUUGAGUAGCAGGUGGAACUAUUGAGGUACUCGACGGACGGUGUUAAAGUGGACAUCAGCGUGAUUAGAAAGAGACAACCCGCGAGCUCGGUUGGCUGCAACAAACCUGGUGGAGGUUUAUUCGAGAUGGUGGGAUAGACAAACGAUUGCUGAUAGCUGAAACGGCGCGUCGUUUGCCAGUGUCUCGUAACAACUCUCAAGUUAUUACGGGUUGAGAGUAAGACAUAGAAAUCAGUGAGUUAAAAUGCCGAACGAGACAGUGCUGGUGACUGGAGCCUCCGGUUUCAUAGGCAUCCACAUCAUGCGAAUGCUACUAAAGAAUGGCUACAUAGUGAGAGGAACGGUGCGAUCUGUGAAGAACGAGAAAAAAUGUAAGCCCAUUUAUGAGUGUCAUCCCGAUGCCAAAGAUAAGGUAACACUGGUUGAAGCAGACCUUACCAAGGAUGAGGGCUGGAACGAGGCUGUCGACGGGAUAAAAUACGUUAUUCAUGUUGCAUCGCCUUUUCCCAAUUUCGCCCCAAAAGAUCCCGACUCAUUAGUGAAACCUGCCGUAGAAGGAACUCUACGAGUAAUUAAGGCAGCGGCCAAGGCGAGCGUUACGCGGCUCGUUUUGACUAGUUCCAUUGCAUCGAUCCACGGACAUCUGGAAACGGACAACGAAACGUUUUAUGAUGAGACCCAGUGGUCGGAUCUGGAAUCACCGACACUAGGUUGGUAUGAACGCAGCAAAACGCUUGCAGAAAAAGCGGCAUGGGAUUUUGUGAAGUCGCCAGAGAAUACCUCGAAGAUGGAGCUCGUGACCAUACUUCCUGCGCUUGUCGUAGGCCCAAUUAUUGGAAACGAUUUUGGUACGUCGGUAGAAGCAAUCAAGCGGCUUAUGGACGGUAGCAGUCCGAUGGUACCCGGACUUAAUUUCGCUUUUUGUGAUGUUCGCGAUGUGGCCGAGGCGCACGUGAAAGCUCUUACCGUACCGGAAGCUGCAGGAGAACGAAUUUGCGUCGUCAUGGAGACCCUUUGGAUGCAGGAGGCAUCGAAAAUUCUCUUGAAGGAAUUCAGUCCCAUGGGUUAUAGACCUCCUUGCCACCGGGUACCAAAAAUAGGACUUUGGCUUAUCUCCUGGUUUGACCCCACGGUUGCCUUGUUGCUACCACGGCUGGACAAAGUUUUUAAGUAUUCGAAUGAAAAAAUGAAGAGAAUCUUAAAAAUAGAGCCUCGCCCUGUCGAGACGUCCAUUUUGGAUACGGCGUACGGCCUUAUUGAGUCCGGCAUAAUCAAGAAGACCCGCAAGUAUAAACCGAAAAACAUUGACCUCUGAGGGUAACACUGCUGAAUGCAACGUUAAAGAAACGUGAAAAGCAUAAGCUAAUCCUUCUGCUUUGAUUUUACUCUAUGAUUACUGAUUUCUUAUACGUCAAUUGCUUAACUUAAUAUUUAUAAAACAUAUGAAUAUGAAUAAAAGCCUUUAAACUCUUUUAAAACAAUAAAGCAACGAACAAAA